AUGGAUAAGUUUUCUAAAGCGGAUGACACCAAGAAAUUACACAAAAAAGAACAAUUGCAGAAAAUUGUGUUUCCAGAGACCACCGAUUUGAAACCUCCAUCCCAACCAGAUAAAACUAAGGGUGCGUCUAGAAAGUCGAAAAGUACCCAAGAUAACACAUCAACUAAACAAAAUCCUUCUUAUAGUGAACAUGUUGAUGCAUUGAUCUCGGAUUCACCCACACCAAAGUCCAAGUGUAGUGCUAACAAAGGAGCACGUAUUUCGAAGCCGCCUCGCACACCUCCGAUUAAAAAACCUCCGAUGAUUUACAUUGAUGAGAUGCCACUAUUUAUGCACCAAUAUAUUGAUAAUAUAGUUGAUAUGGAUACCGAUGGUAAUUGUGGGUAUCGGGCCGUUGCAGGUUUGCUCGGAAAAGGAGAAGAAAAUCACACUCUUAUUCUACGUGCACUUAUUUUGGAGUUGACUUUGCAUAGGGACAUCUACGACCGACUUAAUGAGAAACAAUAA